AUGUCGAAGAAGUUCGUUAAUAAACUGGAAGAAACUGUAGAUGAUGCACUUUUCGGAUUAGUUUCAUCUAACAAGGAUGUCGAGUUAUGUAAAAAUUCGAACAGAGUAGUGCACUUGUCUCAACUCGACUUAAAAACGGUUUCUCUGAUAGCUGGAGGUGGAUCAGGUCACGAACCGUACGCUGCCGGUUAUGUAGGAAAGGGAUUACUAACUGCAGCAGUCGCUGGAAACGUGUUCGCUUCUCCACCAUCCAGAAAUGUUCAGGCAGCACUAGAAGUGACAAAAGGAGAAGCUGGUGCCAUAUUGUUUGUAAUCAACUACACCGGAGACCGUCUUAAUUUCGGUCUUGCUGCCGAACGAUUCAAUGCAUCUGGUGGCAAUGCGAAAGUUGUCACUAUUGCUGAUGACCUGGCAAUCGACAAUCCGAACAGUCGAGUUGGAAGGAGAGGACUAGCUGGAGCCGUUUUGACAAUUAAAAUAGCUGGAGCGAUGUCAGAGGAAGGCAAAUCAUUGGAUGAGAUUUACGAAAUGUCUCAGAAGGUUGUCAAAUCUCUUGGAACAUUGGGUGUAUCUCUUUAUCCUGGUAGUUUGCCUGGGAAGAAUCGUGAGACAGAGUUGCCAAAUGAUCAAAUCGAAGUAGGAUUAGGAAUUCAUGGAGAGCCGGGAAAGUUUCGUGCUCCGUACGAAUGUGCUCACAAAAUCAUAACAGGAUUGAUGGGAACGAUACAAGUCAAAAUGGAAAUGAAGAAAUCUGAGAAGUUUGUCGUUUUGGUGAACAACUUGGGAAGUGUAUCACAAUUGGAAAUGGGAAUUGUGAAUGGAGAAGUGUUGAGAUGGUUUGCGGACCAAAAGAUUGAAAUUACUCGAUUCUAUAGUGGAACCUAUAUGACAUCUUUGGAUGGUCAUGGAAUCAGUGUAACUGUUAUGAGAGUAGAUGACUUGAUGAUUAGGUACUUAGACGCUCCCGCAACAGCCCCAGGAUGGAUUCCGUCCUUUUCGGUUGGAGAGGUCAGAGAAGUAACUCGUGAACCAUCCGAAGCCCGACACAUCACCGAAAUUUCGUCAUCAGGAAUAUCAUUGAACGCUGAACUUGUGAGAGGAUGUCUAGAUGGCGUAGUGAAAUCAAUGUUGGAUUCUGAAGAUGAAUUGAAUAAACUUGACGCGGAGGCCGGGGACGGUGAUUGUGGAAGUACUUUCGCAGGAGCUGCUCGAGCAAUUCAAGCUUCUCAAAAAGCAAAAGAAUUGGAUUUUGAGCAACCCGAGACUCUUCUUAAGCAGCUCUCUGUAAUCUUCGAGCAAACUGUCGGCGGCACAAGCGGGGCGCUUUACGCGUUGAUGUUCAGUUCGGCGGCUCAAGAGUUCCAUGAUAAUGUUGACUCAAAUACUAUUCUAGAAGCUUUGAAGAAGGCCAACCAAGCAGUUCAAAAGUAUGGCGGAGCACGAGUUGGAGAGCGGACGAUGGUAGAUUCAUUGGAUGCGAUGGUGGAGGAAUUGAGCAAAGGAUUAAAGGAAAACCAAGGAUUGGAUGUUUUCGAAAGAGCGGUUCAGGCAUCAGAGCGUGCCGCUGAAGACACUGCCAAUCAGAAAGCAUCUGUAGGACGUGCAAGUUACACUUCAUCGGAAUCUCAAACAAAACCUGAUGCCGGAGCAACAGCAAUCUCGUUAUGGCUUCGCGCGUUUUGGACAGCAUUUAAACAAGAAAUGGGCAAAAAAUAA